AUGCAGCAUAGCUACAUCAAGAAGAUGUUAAUCAAAUUUCAGAUGAUUGACUCUAGAAAGGUAUCAACUCCAACAAGUCCACACUUCAAACUCUCUGUCAGUCAGAAACCAGCUAAUGAUCAGGAAAGGAAGUUGAUGUCUAAGGUGCCUUAUGCAAGUAUUGUUGGGAGUAUUAUGUACAUGAUGUUGUGUACUCGGCCUGAUCUGUCACAUGCCAUAAGCCUGACCAGCAGAUACAUGGCAGACCCGGGUAGCACACAUUGGCAAGCUUUGAAGUGGAUAAUGAAGUAUUUGGUGGGCACACAAGAUUUGGGAUUGUUGUUCUGCACAGCAGACGGUGAGGAUGAGCUCAUAGGCUACUGUGAUGCAGACUAUGCUGCAAAUAUUGAUAGCAGAAAAUCCCAAUCUGCCUAUAUCUUCAAGCUCUUUGGUACAGCAAUCAGUUGGAAGUCUAAUCUCCAAUCUGUGGUUGCGCUCUCUACAACGGAGGCAGAGUAUAUAUCCUUAGCAGAAGCGGUUAAAGAAGCUAAAUGGCUAAAGGAAUAUUGGGGGAUUUUGGGUGUGGUGCAAGAGGCUGUAACUAUCUUGUGUGACAGCAACAGCGCCAUUAGCUUGGCCAAGCACCAGACUUUCCAUGAGAGAAGUAAGCACAUCGACAUCAAACUUCAUUUUGUAAGAGAUGAGAUAAGCAAAGGCGUGGUGGCAGUCAAGAGGUCCACACCUCUGAAAAUGCAGCUGACAUGA